AUCUUUCCUUUUGGGCUCAAAUGCAAAGGCUUUCUUCGGCCUUGCCGCAUAGAUUUCCAAUACCCAGGGUUUCCCCUAGCCCGGCGAAGAGUUCUAGGGUUUGUGCGGAGGCGUCGGUGAUGGAUAGGAAGCGGCGGAUGGAGCCGGGUGUCGGCGAAAGCAGCCAGAAGAAGGCGCUUUCGCUGCGCAAGAACAAUGCGCGAUCCGCGAGGAGCAUCAGCUACAUCCAGAUUUUUGGGACUGGAAUGGACACGGGAGAGACAUCGCCCUGCGUCCUUCUCUUUUUUGAUAGCAAGCGGUUUGUUUUCAAUGCUGGAGAGGGUUUGCAACGUUUUUGUCAAGAGAACAAGAUCAAGUUAUCUAAGAUCGACCACGUUCUUCUUACUCGCGUGUGUUCUGAAACUGCUGGUGGCCUUGCUGGGGCGCUUUUAACACUCGCUGGCGACGUUGGCCUAACGCUGAACAUCUGGGGUCCAUCGGACCUGCAAUGCCUAAUAACUGCGAUGUCUACGUACUUGCCAAAUGCCUCUUUCUUCUAUACGCAUGCUUUCGGGAAGGACGGCAAACUCUUGCCUGAGCAUGCAAAAGAUCCCAAUAUUGCAGUUCUCCUAGAAGAUGAUUUGGUGAAGAUAUCGGCAGUGUUGCUGGUUCCAUUCUCGGAUGAGCAAGGUGAAGGCAAGAAGUUUAGACCUGGCGAUGUCGCUGUAGUGUAUGUUUGCGAGCUUCCCGAAGUUAGAGGCAAGUUCGAUCCUGUGAAGGCAGCUGCUUUGGGAUUGCGUCCAGGUCGAAAGUACGCUUUGCUUCAAAGUGGAACUUCUGUUCUUUCAGAUGAUGGGACAACAGAGAUUUUUCCGGAGUCUGUCAUGGAACCAUCAUCCCCGGGCCCAAAGGUUAUUCUUGUGGACUGCCCGACAAGGUUCCAUAUUCCGUCUCUGCUGACGGCAAACGGUUUGAAAGGAUUGUACACUAGCGAUGGCGCCGCGUCUGUGGCGUGCAUUGUACACAUGAGUCCUGCUAUCGUGGUUAACGAUAGUAAAUACCAGGAUUGGAUGAGGCUUUUUGGCUCGACUGAACAUAUACUGGCAGGAUCAGGAUGCUCUAAUUCUCUUUCCCCAAUUCUCAAGUCUAGCGCAAAGAUACUUUCCAAGCUAAAUUUUGCAUGUCCUUAUGUUUUCCCUGUGCCUGGUUACGGUUACGAAUCAUCGGAAAACCAGCAAAUAUUGUUGCAGCAGCAGAACAAUUUGUCCGUCACCAUUGCCAAGAACUUGUUAAAGUUUCGUUUACUUCCGCUAUCCGGUCUAGGAAUGGAUGGUUCUUCAGUGCCAGAAGCUUUUGACGGGAAGGUGCAUACAGACGAGCUGAUUGAAUGCGUACCCGAAAUUUUACCACUGACGGAAAAACUCAAGGAAUUUUGGAAAGCUUACGGUUCCAAGGACCUUGUCGAAGAACCUUGGUUCGAUAAAGGUGCAGAUUCUCGCUCACUGAGCUCCUCAAGCUUGACAAAGGAGAUUCCCGACACAUUGAAAGCAGUAGGCAGGAAAGAGGUGGAGCUUAUAUUCCUUGGCACUGGAUCUUCUCAGCCUUCGACAUAUCGUAAUGUUAGUGCGAUCUACGUCCACCUUUUCGCAAAUGGGGGGAUGCUUCUGGAUUGUGGAGAGGGAACUUACGGUCAGCUACUAAGAAGGUUCGGACCAAGUACUGAUUCCGUUGUAGCUGGCCUACGUUUGAUUUGGAUUUCGCACAUCCAUGCUGAUCAUCACGGUGGUCUUAGCCGAAUACUCUCUGUUCGGCGGCAGCUUCUUUCCAAGUCUGGCAACGUCGAACCGCUUCUCGUGGUGGGACCAAAGUUGCUGAAACGGGUUCUGGAGGCUUAUGAUAUGGUUGAGGACCUUGGGGUGGAAUUCUUAGAUUGUAGUCAAACGACGUUGGAAGCAUCAGACAUUGCGGCUGGAGGUCAACCCAAGGGAUUCGUUAGCUCUAUAGUUUCUGGAUCACAGGAAGGCAGGUCCGGGUUCAUGCAGUGGGUUCAGCGGGGAUACCAUCUUAGGAAUGGACUGGAUGAAGCUGGAAGGAGUAAACUGCAGGAUACAUUGAAAGCACUGGGUCUGAGCAGCUUAGUGAGCGUACCGGUGAUCCAUUGCCCACAUGCAUUUGGAGUAGUUCUUGAAGCUCAAAACAAGGCCGACACUUCAAAAGCGGGAUGGAAGCUUGCUUAUUCAGGGGACACAAGGCCUUGCAAGGCCUUUAUUGAGGCCUCUGACGGCGCUACAGUUUUCAUUCAUGAGGCCACCUUUGAGGAUGGAAUGUCUGAGGAAGCGGUAUCAAAGAUGCAUAGUUCAACUCACGAAGCCAUACAGGCUGGGGCUUUGGCGCGAGCCUAUCGGACCAUCCUGACGCACUUCAGUCAGCGUUACUCCAAGGUGCCAGUUUUUGACGACAGCUACAACGACAGGACAUGCGUGGCUUUCGACUUGAUGAGCAUCGAUUUAGUUGAUCUGCCCCUGUUACCGUCGCUCAUCCCCGUGCUAAAGCUUCUCUUCAAGGACGAUCAAGCUGAAGAGCAAGCCGACGAAGAGGUUUUGUAGCACGACAAUGGUCCACAGAUGUGGAAAACGUGGCAAUUGCGGGAACAAAAAAUCUUUUUGCCAACCAGUCAUCUCAAAGCAUCAAGCGGAGUAAUCGUUUUGUCGACACGGCUGCACAAAUAUGCCCGAUGGGAUUGGACCACUCAGCUUGAUGUGGAAUCUGUGGAUGGCUGCUAUAAUGACGCUAUGCUCCAAUCAUGGUCUUGCUGUAAUGCGAAUCGAUCGGGGGCUUCGGUUUCUAUCUAGUCCAACCAAUGCGAGCGAAGUUUCUGCUCAAAGUACACGUAGGUGUCACAUUGUGUAAAGACUUAACCGUCUGGUUUUGGCGUACAAGAUCAAGGAAAAAGGAGACGUCCGGGCUUUUAACGUGAUUCCCCCCCGAGUCGCUUUCAGCUCCCAAACUUCGUUUUUUCUUGGUGGACUGAACAGCCUCACACACAGGUCUUCUCCGCGCAUCGUUUCUUCGGUGUAGGAGGAACCAACGAGCACGCUUGUGCGACGCAUGCGCCUUUUGCCAAGAAAAAAAAAGCUGUUUUGGAAGAGAACAAGUAAAAGUUUCCCUCGAAAUCUUUGCCA